UCGCACCAUCCUUUGUUUCCUCGCAAACCUAGUGCUCCAAAUUUCGCAGAUUCACCUAUCGGACCUUUGAGGCGGCCUCAUGUUGGCCAAGCCAAGCCCAUCAUGCAUCCUACAUCGCCUCAACUUUUGUCCAUUGCGGCUUCAGCCUUGUUUAUAUCCCUACUACCAAUCCGUCUGAUGAUGCUUCGUGCGGAACCGAUCAAGGUCGUUUCGGAGCACCGUGGUCAUGGCAAAUUGGCGAUUGCAAUCUUGCUAUCGGUGGUACAGUUGGCCACUCUGGUCACAAUAGCAUUUACGCCGGCAAAGGAUGACUUUCACCUUUUUUCUGCCGUUGCUUCUUUCGUAGCGUGCGUGGGCCUCUGUCCGUUACUGGCUCUCGAGCACACCCGCUCUGUCAAACCGUCAGAUCUCGGUAUCGUCUAUCUCCUGGUAUCUACAGCGUGCGACUUCGCCGAGCUGGGAACGGGACAGUAUGGAAAUACGACGUUGGAGGCUGUCACGCCGGGAAUAGUAAAUCUCUGCGUUAAGUUUGUGCUUCUCGUUGCCGAAAGUCGCGGCAAGAAACCGAUUUUGCGUGAUCCUCGAGGCCAGCAAUCCCCAGAAGAGCUGGCCAACAUUUUGGACAGAACGUUCUUUUGGUGGAUUAACCCCAUAUUGGCCCUUGGAAACCGUCACGUUCUCACCGAGGAGAAUCUUCCCCCGAUGGGCCACAUGCUGUCUUCGAAAGCACUGCGCCAACAAGCCUUGCGGGCUUGGGAUCAAAGAGCCAAGCCAGAAGGGAGGACAACACUCCCCAAGGUCCUUGCCCUCAGCAUGUUGCCACAGUUUCUGGCGCCGAUUAUCCCCCGACUUUUCCUCAUUGUCUUCCGCUACGCCCAACCAGUUCUCAUCAGCACCGCCAUCCGCUACAUGAGCGGGUCCUCCUCGGCCCAAUCCAUGGAAACAGGGCACUUGAUCAUUGCUAUGGCUGUUGUCAUCUAUGUUGGCUUGGCGAUGACCAGGGCCGUUUAUUACCACCGCUUGAAUCAGCUCAAGGUCAUGAUACGAGGCGCCGUUGUCGGUCUCAUCAACAACAAGUCGUUUAGCCAGAAAUCGAGCAACCACGACGACGGGAGAGCUGUGACAUUGAUCAGUACAGAUGCGGGAAACGUCGGCCAGGCCGCUUCAAUGUUCCACGAGACGUGGGCACAAGUCAUCGAAGUGUUGCUCGGUACGACUAUGUUGGCCCGAGAAGUUGGAUGGGUGUGUCUCGUUCCCUACGUCAUCAUCUUUUUCUGCUCCCGAAUGAGUCGACAUGUGGCCAAGCAUCUUCAAAGUAAGCAGAAGGAUUGGUCUAUGGCUACCCAAAAACGACUUGCCGUAACCACCUCGAUGCUUUCUUCCAUGAAAAGCUUAAAGAUGCUUGGGGUUGCUACGCACACGGAAUCGUUAGUCCAUGAUCUGCGACUUCAGGAGCUUAAAGCAGCUCAAAAAGUACGAUGGAUGAUGGUUGCCUACAAUGCGAGUGCAAACGCUCUCGGCAUAUUCACUCCCAUUAUCACGUUCGUGCUCUUUGUCCUCGUGGCAAGUCUCAAGGGCUCGGCACUCGAUGCUGAAACAGCAUUUACAACCACCGCGCUCCUCGGUUUGGUGACUCACCCUGCGAACAUGAUCAUGUCGAUUGUGCCGCAGGCGAUAGGCUCCUUGGCCGCGUUUGAGAGAAUCCAGGAUUACUUAUUACAGGCGCCCCGCAAUGAUCAGAGACUGGCAUUGAAAAAAACAGAAGACAGCCCUGAUGCAGUUUCGCCGGCAAUUUGCGUCGAGAACGUCACUAUUCAGAGUUCCCCAAUGUCACCUCCGAUUCUUACUAAUAUCAGUCUUGUCAUUGACAGAGGUUCGAUAGUCAUUUGCUCCGGACCGGUGGGAAGUGGUAAGACAACACUUGUCAAAUCCCUCAUGGGCGAGCUGCCCGCUGCUAGUGGAACCAUAUCGGUAUCUUCGAUGCGUGUAGGUUACUGUGAGCAGUCGCCUUGGCUGCCAAGUGGAACCCUCAGGGAAGCAGUUCGUGGCUUUUUGCCAGACGAACCAAGCUGGUACGAACAAGUCAUCCGCCUUUGCUGCCUCGAUGAGGAUCUUUCAGCACUUCCAAACGGAGACCAGACCAUGAUCGGAAGCCGAGGCUUGAAUCUUUCUGGAGGACAACGACAACGAGUGGCUCUUGCACGUGCUGUGUACGCCCGAUGUGAAAUGGUGUUUUUAGAUGAUAGUUUUAGUGCCCUCGACGGCAAGACUGAGAGUCGAAUCGUUGAAAAUCUUCUCGGUCCUACGGGCUUUUUCAAGAAUAUGGGGACGACUGUUUUUCUCGUGGCUAACUCCUCUACGCACUUUCAUCUGGCAGACAGUUUAGUUAUCUUGGACAACGGCACAGUGGCAUACCAAGGAACGUGGGCUGGCCUAACGCAAGACCCAGAGCAUGUUCUCAAACUUCAUAUUGGUGGAACGAAGAAGAAUAUCACCGAGGAAGACCCUAAAGUAGACAAGACCAUUCGGAGCCAGAGUCUCAAGGUAGACGAAGCCGCCUCCGACUUGAGCAGGGCGACGGGUGAUGUUUCACUCUACGGUUAUUAUCUCAGGGCUGUGGGAUUCCGAAACUUUCUCCUCCUUCUUGUAUGCACGUCGUCAUACUCGUUCUUCAUUACAUUUCCGCAGUACUGGCUCCAAAAAUGGACCGCAGCACCUGCCUCCCAGACCAUGUUCUAUGCCGGGGGGUACAUAAUCGUAUCUUUUCUCGCCUGGGCGUUCACAAACGGUUCGAUGUGGUCUACACAUAUCUGCAUCGCGCCCGAUUCGGGGGCAAACCUACACCGCCGUCUUCUUUCGACCAUCAUCAGUGCUCCGCUUUCGUAUUUCUCGACUACUGACACUGGAGUGAUAUUGAAUCGGUUGGUUAUAACCACAAGCGGGAAGUGCUACGUGCUAACUUGUCAUAGCUUCAGCCAAGAUAUUCAAUUGGUCGAUAGGCAGUUGCCGCCCGCCAUUUUGUCCAUCUCAAAUCAGGUCUUUAAGCUCUUAGUGCAGCUGAUUCUCCUCUUCAGUGCCCAGAAGUUGAUGGCAACGACGCUUCCGCUAUGCGUCGUAACGGUGUAUUUUGUACAAAGGAUCUACUUACGGACCUCACGGCAACUGCGGUUGCUUGACCUUGAGUCACAGUCGGCAGUGUACUCCAGCUUUCUUGAAUCGGUUGAAGGGGUUAGGACGAUUCGGGCAUUUGGCUGGGAGAGACAGGUCGAGGCUGCCAAUAUCCGCUCGCUCGACAAAUCUCAGCAGCCAGCCUAUAUCCUGUUUUGUCUACAGCAGUGGCUGGGCGUCGUCCUCGACCUCAUGGUCGCUGCGAUAGCCACCGGCCUGAUCGCUCUCGCCAUAUUCCUCAGAGGAACGACAACAGCCGGCCAGAUUGGUAUGGCACUGAACAUCGUCAUAGUCGCAAACGCGUCUCUGCUUGGCCUUGUCACCUCUUGGACCAAUAUGGAGAUAUCUUUAGGCGCCAUUUCUCGACUGAAAACCCUGGAAGCCGACACCCCGAAAGAGGGUAGCCCAUUAGAAGACUACGUGCCUGCGGGGGCUUGGCCAUCGUCAGGACUCGUCGAAUUGGACAGCGUCACAGUAUCAUAUAAUCCCGAAGCAGUAGCCCUACAGGAUGUUACCUUGAAGGUUUCUGAAGGCCAGCAGUUGGUUAUCUGUGGCCGGACUGGCAGUGGAAAGAGUACUUUAUUGCUUGCCCUUCUGCGUCUCCUCGAUGUACAAUCUGGAACCAUCAAGAUAGAUGGAGUUGAUCUGAGCUUGGUCCCAAGAGACCUGAUUCGACAAAGAUGCUUUAUAACAGUGUCCCAGGAUGCCUUUAUCCUAGGGCAGGCUAGUCUUCGCUUUAACCUAGAUCCUUCUGGAUCCCUUUCGAACGACACGAUCGUAGCGGCUCUCCAAAGAACUAGCAUGUGGUCUCAUUUCGAAGCGGGAGACUUCCCGCCAAAGGAGCUCCAUGAGAUCUUGGAAAGUCCCAUCUCCUCUUUGCCGCAAAUGUCAACGGGACAAUCCCAAUUAUUUGCGCUAGCUCGGGCUAUCCUCCGUCUUCAAUCUCUACGCGAAACGCCCAAUCUAUCAGGAGCUCAACCGGACGGCAGUCAUGUUAUGCCUAUCCUUCUACUCGAUGAGGCUACAUCGUCGCUUGACCCCGAGACAGAGGUUGCCAUGCGUGACAUCAUUCACCAGGAGUUCAUCGAGAAGGGCCAUACCGUAAUCGCAAUCACGCACAGACUGGGCGGCGUAACUGGCGACAUGCGGUCUGAUCGGGAUUUCGUCGCCUUGCUGUCAAAGGGGAAAAUCGAGAAAGUUGGUAGAGUGGAGGAUGUAUUAGGUACACUGGACUCGCAGAAGUAAACUAGGUCGGUGGGUGAAUCCCAUCUCGUCGUAAACGCUGCACUGACUGAAGGGCGCGUUCAUAAUUGUUGAUCUCACCGUCUCAAGGAUUCCAAGCACAUAGGACGACAUAAAGUCACGAUAAUAUAGUCAGCAAAACACUUGCUUCCGUAGACAUUCUGUCAUGAUUACCUGCCGACAGGUCGUGGAGUGUGAGCGGUUUGUAUUUCC